UUGGUGAAUGGUGAUGUAGAUGAAUGGAAUAUGUUACAGGCUUCCUGGUGACUUUCUCUUGUACCUUCUAGCCAGGUUGUAGAUUCAUGAACUGCUGCACUUUUAAUGUUUUACAACUUGUUUUUCGUGUUCUUGAAUAGUCUUCUCUCGGAUAAUUAUAAGAUUUUUAUUUUUCUUGUUAUUUCAAUUAUUAUAAUGGUAAGAUGGUAUAGAAUUUACUGGAUUGCAUUCUCGUAUAAUAUAAUAUUGUGAAUAUUUAAUUUAAGAUUUAUAUUUUAUCCAAGUACGGACAGUAAAAAGGCAACGUGGCAUUUGAUGAUAUAAAUAAUUAACACAUCUCGACGCUACUCCCCCUGUGUGAAGAGCUAUACGCAUCUGCCUUCGCGCUCUCUUCUUCAGUUUGAUACUCGUAGUUGCAUAGAAAACCAAGACAAUGGAGCCCGGAGCUCCACGCAACGGUAGCCAAGACCCGAAACAAGACCCCAACAGUGGCAACACCCAAGAUUCCCCUCUCUUCUCUGAAGAAAUUGACAGUAGUUGCUCCACUCCUUAUGUCAGUGCUCCUUCAAGUCCCGGACGGGCAUCCGGACCAGUCAACGGGGGGUUUUUUUACAGUGCUCCGGCGAGCCCAAUGCACUUCGCAAUGACCUCAGUUUCCCUUUCAUCGCCAAGUGAAUCACCCUCUUUCGACAACUCCGUGCCUCAUGGUUAUGAGUUCGAGUUUUCCGCGAGAUUCGGUAUGACAGGGUCGGGUAUACUGGGGCCAAUGAGUUCAGCUGAUGAGCUAUUCUUGGAUGGGAAGAUCCGACCCAUGAAGCUCUCGACCCAUUUGGAGAGGCCCCAGGUGCUGGCUCCAUUGCCGGAUCUUGACCAGGAGGAUGACGAAGACGAGAACGAACGCAGUGUUGCUGACCAGAGCAGCAGAGGCAGGGAUCUGAGACUACGCGAUAAAUCUUUGCGUAGAAGAACUAGAUCUCUGUCUCCUUUAAGGAACACCGUAGCCUAUCAAUGGAAUGAAGAUGAUAAACAUAGAGAGAGAAAAGAUGACAAGAAUGAUGAUGGCAAGCAUGAGGAAGUACAGUCUGAAGAGACGACUCCAUCAGUUUCUGGUUGUUCUUCAAGGUCGUCUUCAGCUGGUAGGAGCUCGAAGAGAUGGGUUUUCUUGAAAGAUUUUCUUUACAGGAGCAAGAGUGAAGGGAGGAGUAGUAACAGCAAGUUCUGGUCUACUAUCUCGUUUUCACCCGGCAAAGAGAAGAAACCUCUGAGUCCAAUCGCCCAUGGCGUCGUUCAAGAUUCUGUUUCUAAAGAGAAGUUGAACAGUUCUACUGCAUCUGGUUUGGCAGGGUCCGAGAAUCAGAAGGCUAAGGUGUCCGGAAAGAACAAGCCUGUAAAUGGGAUAGGGAAGAGGAGGAUACCGCCGUCACCACACGAGCUGCAUUACACAGCAAAUAGAGCUCAAGCUGAAGAACUGAGGAAGAAAACUUACUUGCCUUACAGGCAAGGAUUGCUUGGGUGCUUGGGGUUUAGUUCAAAGGGGUAUGGUGCCAUGAAUGGAUUUACUAGAGCUCUGAAUCCUGUUUCUUCCAGAUAAAAAUGAAAUUCCCUGAUGGGGUUUCAAAGAAAACUGUACAGAUACCAUUAUAUUUUUUUUCUUGAUUCUCAGUUUUUUUCAAGGUUAAAUGCAUGUAGUUAUUUGACGGGUCUUCUCUUUUGACACUUGAAAAGAGAAGUUCUCUUCAUUGAUGGGUUUGAUCCCGGUUGCCUGUUAUAUUGCUUGUAUAACUAUAUGAAAGAAUCUAAAAAAAAAAAAUGCAGAUUUCCUCCUAUAUCUGCUCUGGUUUGUUAA